AGGUACGCUGUCCUUAUCCUUGGGUUUUUCCAAUUGAUAUUCGUCGUAUUUGGCGGUUGGAUGAUGGACAAACUAGGAAGAAAGAAAUGCAUCGCCAUCUCUGGGACUGUCAUGGCAGUGGGACACGUCGGAAUGGGAAUUUACUCCUACUGCGAAGUAACCCCUGAUCUGCAAUACAUCGCAAUACAGAAUAGUUGGCUGCCGGUCGUUCUUCUGACGGUUACCCAAAUAGGAUUCAACUUCAGCAUGGCGACUCUCGUAUUUAUUCUUUUGGGAGAAAUAAUUCCAGUGCAAAUCAAGAACCACAUCAGCGGACUCAUGAAUGCUGUCAAUUCGGGGUCCACGUCUGCAACUCUGCAAAGUUUCCAUUACAUGAUCCUGAGUUUGGGCAAGCACGGCACUUUCUGGGUUUACGCAGGGAUUUGCUUGUUUGUUGUCGUGUUUCUUAAUUUGACGUUGACUGAGACCAGCGGGAAAUCCCUCAGUGAUAUCGAAAGGAAAAUGACUAACACCAAGUCACUGACAAAAAUGCCGGAACAGAUUUCGACGGAAUGAAACCAUGUCCAAUAAAGAGCUGUUCUCUCUUCGGAAUA